CCCUUGCUUAUUUUUCUUCCGCUUUGGCAAAAUUCGACGGAGAAAUUCGAUGGAGAUGCAAGAGGCUAAUCAAGGAGGAGGAUCGGAGGUUUCUCCGAAUCAGACGAUUUACAUCAACAAUCUCAACGAAAAAGUGAAGAUCGAUGAGCUGAAGAAAUCGCUGAAUGCUGUGUUCUCUCAGUUCGGGAAGAUACUGGAGAUAUUGGCGUUCAAGACGUUGAAGCACAAAGGACAAGCUUGGGUAGUCUUCGACAACGCCGACUCUGCUUCCACUGCUAUUGCUAAAAUGAAUGAUUUUCCUUUCUACGAUAAGAACAUGAGAAUACAAUAUGCCAAAACAAAAUCAGAUGUUGUUGCCAAGGCCGAUGGUACAUUUGUUCCUCGCGAGAAGAGAAAGAGACAUGAGGAGAAAGGAGGCAAGAAAAAGAAAGACCACCACCAUGAUUCUACACAAAUGGGCAUGGCCACGAACUCAGCAUAUCCAGGUGUCUAUGGAGCUGCACCUCCUCUUUCGCAAGUACCGUACCCUGGUGGUGUGAAACCCAAUCUGCCCGAGGCACCAGCUCCUCCAAAUAACAUUCUCUUUGUCCAAAACCUUCCUCACGAGACAACUCCAAUGGUGCUUCAGAUGCUGUUCUACCAGUACCAAGGGUUUAAGGAAGUUAGGAUGGUUGAAGCCAAACCGGGAAUCGCCUUUGUGGAGUUUGCUGAUGAGAUGCAGUCAACGGUCGCAAUGCAGGGACUUCAAGGUUUCAAGAUUCAGCAAAACCAGAUGCUCAUCACGUACGCCAAGAAAUAGACAAAUUUCGUUUGAUCUGUCAGUGUUACUUCUUCCAUGGUUUGCGCAAGAAGGACACUUAUCUUUCUUGUGUGUUUGUUGUAGAAUUUUCUUAGAAUAUUACACAAUUAUCUAACUUACAAUUUUUUCAUCUAAACAAUAAGCGUCUCGAUUU